CCGUUUGCCACCGGUUUCGAGCAGCAGCAGUUGCUCUUCAAAUGUCCAAGUUUUGUUUUUGAGCCGCUCGAUUGCAAUGUUUGUUUCGUUGGCGAAAAUAGCCUGUUAUGCAUUGGGCGGGUAUUCAACCUUUAAGACAGUGGAAGGUCGUCCAAACGUUGGGAAACGGCAGCGUUGGGCCUCAUUCUGGAUAACGCUUACGGUUUUCGAGGUUAUUGAACCCAUAUUAGAUUGGACCAUUUUCUGGAUUCCAUUCUACUACAAUGUGAAGUUGCUCUUCCUGCUUGCCUUAUGCUAUGGGCGAACAAAAACGACGAUGCCCGUAUUCAAAAAGGUCAUCCAUCCUGUUCUGUCCCACAAGCGAAAGCAUAUUGAGCAUUACGAACGACGCAUUACAGAAUCGGUGACCAUUGUGCACACUCGUGUUGUGACCAUUGUUCGCCGUGUUACGGCUCGACUUCCGCAGUUGCAAGGACCCUCAAUCUCGGAACCUAUCAUUAUCGAGGAGGAUGACGCACAUCCUUCUCAAGAGAAUGAUGUAAAUGCAAGCGAGACCGCCAACUUUAACCAGCCAAAGACCGAUGCCGCAGAGACAGCGGCAGUGGCGGCAGAAGUCGUGACCGAGAGGCAGGAUGAAGGCGAUGAGCUUGAAGAAAGACUGUACCCGAGUGUCGAUGAAGCCAAGUUAGGUACGACACCUUCCCCACUGGUGCACCGGGAUUCGGCGGUGGACGUGCGAGAAGACGUUUCCUCUAACAGUGUCGCUGCAGCCGAAGCGUCCGAAGCGUCAAGCACCACCACAACAACUGUAAGUGAAAAGACGGAUCUGGACACUGCCCCAAAGGUGGAUGCUCGACCUCCACUCCCGCGAAGCGUGACCUCCAAAUUGCAGCGAAGUAGAUCAGUAAUCAAUCGCGAGACGGAAUCGGGUAGACUUGGACGGGGCAUUCAGCGAUCAGUUUCUACAACCAGAUUGUCACCAUCUGCCAUGGAGAAAGUUUCUAAAAUGAAGCAAGGAAAGGAAGAUCCGAGUGGUGAUGAUGCAGAUGUAGAAACAGCAGAAUCUGGCGCAGAGAGUGAGCAGCAAUCUAGUGUAACUCAACGGAGAACGACUCCAGUACGGGACGCCAAGGUAACAGCCAGCCGGACUAGAGGUGCAAGUUCAAGUUUGUCCCGAGCGACGAGGGGCAAGUCUGUUGAGCCCACUCGGAGAACGAGCCGCUCUGUCACAGUAAAAAAGGAUUAGAAUGGAAUUAUGCGAACUGUUGGGUUUUGAAUAUUUUGGCACAUGUACAUAUAGAUAGGAGUAUCUAGGGAUUUGGAUUCUGCUGCUUGGAUUUGGAAGCUGUAAGGAGAUGAUGCUAUACUUGCAUACAGAAAUUUUCAAUUUGUGGACAAGACAGCUGUACUGCGGAUGAGCCCAAAUAAUGGGAGCAAUGAGUCAGGUCCUGUGCGAAAUGGAAAGAGCAGCGACAAUGUAAAGACAUAGUUUUGGAAUAUAAUUGACUGGCUCACAGCAUACUCUUGG